AUGUCCGUCCGCGCCCGAGCGUCGGUCUCGGUGGACGUCGGGCGACGCGCGCGGGCGACGCGCGCGGGCGACGGUGGACGAAAGACGGCGCGGGCGAGGACGGCGCGCGCGCGCGCGUCGUCGGUGACGGACGACCGCGACGGCGCGCGCGGUGAUCUCGACGCGUUAGCGGACGCGCGCGUCGUCCGAGCGAGCGAUGGGGCGGUGAUGCGCGCGGGGGGAGAGGCGAUCGGGCGCUCGGGACGGGCGGUGACGCUGUUCCUGACGCAGUUUGGGGAUUUCGAUUCGUGGGAGCUCGCGCAAUUUUUGGUGGACGACGUCGAGCGAAUGCGGAGAGAGGGCGCGGAGGUGGUCGCGAUCGGGAUCGGCUCGGUCGAGGCGGCGCGGGAGUUCGCGGCGCGAACGAAUUUUCCGGCUGAUCGAUUGUACGCGGACGAGAGCGCUUCGUGUCACGCGGCGCUGGGCUUCGCGCCGGGUCUGGGACGAAAGGGGGGCGAUUUCGAGUGGAUGGCGAAGACGCCGAUCAACGGGUACGGGAAAUUAUUGCUCAUGUGCGCCGGGAUAGGGUCCCCGGGGACGCUCCGCGCGGUGUUCGGUGGAUACACCGGCAGCAAGUACAAGGAUGAAAUCUUUCGGGAGGGCACAAACGUUGACGUACCAAAGAUUCGCAAGGCGAUGAAGAUGACGCUCGGAGACGGUUACCUUCGCCCUUUCGAGUUGGCGACGCUGAGACUGAAUAACAUGAUUGAAAUCUUGAACAACUGGGAGGCGUUGACGCCCAAGGAUAGCGAUUUGCUCGUGCAGCGAGGGGGCGUCAUCAUCUUUGAAGACGGCAAAACCAAAUUCAGGCACGACGACGCGGGUAUUUUAGGAUUUUGCCCGGCAGCGCGCGUGGUCGAGAAGGCGUUGAGCGCAGAUCCGUCAGCCAAGCCAGAUCCAGUGAAGACGCUUCACCUUGCCGCAGAGUCUCGACGAGCGUACGUCGACGACAUCUUCACCUCCAUCUCCGCCCUGGAGAAGUCCAAGGACAAGGCAAACGUCCAGGGCGAAAAGUUGACGGGCAAGUGGCGCUUGAUUUACACCACGGGUACGAAGAAAGUGGCGGCAAACAUCAACAAAACGGGAGGUGGGAGUUAUUUUCCCGUUCCUGCCGUACAAUCGUUUGACCUGAACUCGGGACGCAUUCGCAACGGGAUCUAUCUCGGUCCGCUCAAGUUUUUCUUCGACGGUCCAUUCAUCUGGCGAGAGAAACUGAAUAUGCUUGAGUUCACGUUCACGCGCGUGAGCCUAGCGCUCGGCCCCCUGGGCCCGUGGUCGAAGGAUAUCGACGACGGAAAGUGGGAAAGCGUGAAGGCAGCGGAACAAAACGCAAGCUCAGGUCAAGGAAUGAUUGAGAAGUCCGACGUCAAGUCCUCCAAGCCCGGCGCCAACCCGUUCUUCAAAUUCGUCUACACAGAUGACAAGUGCAUCGCGGCGCGCGGUAGAGGUGGUGGAUUGGCCCUGUGGGCCCGUGUCGGCGAUCCGGAGACGGAUGCUCAAGAGUAG